AUGCCCUCUAACAGAAGGUUCCGCAACAAAUUACCGCCUUUGGAAGAAAUGGAUCUUUUUAUUUCGCAGUCUGCAAACAACUUGGCAUCACUUCUGCCGGAUAUGACAGAGAAUAUUCGACAAUUGAUUUCCCGUUACCCAGAAGUCUAUUUGGCAGUUUGGGAGAGGCUGAGACCUAUCCUGGAAGAGGCAGAGACACGCGACAAACUGCAUGGAAGAAAUCUUGAAUUACCUUCUCCACCUAUCUGUGCAGUCAAGCCAGAGGCAUAUACCAAUGUCCAUGGUGAAAUAAUAGUCGACAAUUAUAACUGGCUGAAGGAGCGCGACAAUCCAGAUGUGCUCAAGUAUAUUGACGAGGAAAACCAAUAUGCAAUUGCGGCCCUUAGCCAUACAGAGCCUCUUCAAAAGCUCCUGUAUAAUGAGUUUGUCUCCCGACUAGAUGCGAAUAAAGAAUCUGCUAGGGUAGUGCUUCCGGACAGAUGGAGUUAUUACUCCAAAUCUCAAGUAGGCCUUGAGUACAGACUCCAUUGCCGCUCCAUCCUCAGUCCGACUCUUGGUUAUGAAGAGGAACAAGUGUAUCUGGACGAGAAUGAGAUUGCACAAAGCCCCGAGUUUAAGGAUUCAACCUAUUUCCGUGUGGGUUUCCUUCGCCAUUCACCUGAUUGUCGCAUCUUAGCCUACGGAGUUGACUCGACGGGUCAGGAACAAUUCACAACGUUCUUCAAGGAUGUUGAGACUGGAGAGCUCUUGAAUGACAGGCUUACAAAUAUAUAUGAAAACCUCGAAUUUUCAUCCUGUGGCCGAUUUGUCUAUUAUUUGACUUUGGUUCCGGAGACAGAGCGCGCGUAUCGCCUCUAUCGGCACAUACUGGGCACCUCAGUUAAUCAGGAUCAAUUGCUCUAUGAGGAAAAAGACGAGAUGUUUUGUCUUACCAUGACCAAGUCCGGUGACGGCAAGUUUAUUAUGAUCAAUUCUGCAGCUCAGGUGACGAGCGAAACAUUGUUUCUUCAUGCAGAUGCUACAGAAGAUGUGCGACAACUUCGUGUGAUAAUGCCACGUAAGGAAGGUAUCACAUAUUCUGCAGAGUCUCAUAGUGGCAAGUACUUCUUUGUCCUCACAAAUGAAAACUCUAAAAACAAUUGGUUGUUCAGGACCCCAGCGCCUAAGUGCGAUUCACCUGCGGAGAUGGAUUUGAUGUCGUUACGGGAAACGGUGAUUCCGCAUCGAGAUUUCGUAUUGAUUGAAGAUUUUCAGGUCCGGAGAAGGCAUCUCGUAGUGUUUGAACGAUCCAACUGUCACCAAAAUGUGCGUGUGAUUGAACUGGCUACCCCAAAAGGAGUUGAUGGUUGUGAAAGCAGGCCAGAGGCGCCACCUUGUUCCAUUGGCCUAGAACCAGGGCCGUUCGACAAAUAUCACUAUAUAUCUUUUUCAGAAAUCGUGUAUUCUCUUUUACCAGAGUCUAUCAAUGAGGAGGUGUCUAAUCUUAGCAAGAUGACUUUGUUUGAUACAAACGUACUUCGGUUCACGUACUCCAGUCUAGUCCAACCGCGGCAAGUGAUUGAUUACAACAUGGAUACUCAAGAAUCAGUUAUGGUGCAUACAGAGCAAAUCGCAGGGUCUCCUGUUUAUGAUCCUAACCGCUAUGAACAGCUUCGCUUGCAUUCCACAGGCAUUGAUGGUACGGCUGUACCCAUGUCGAUCGUGUUUAGGCGAGACUUGAUAGACCUAGGUGGUAAAGGCUGGGAUGCGAAUCCGUGCCUACUAUACACUUAUGGUGCCUAUGGUAGUUGCACUGAUCCUGUAUUCUCCACGCAGAGAUUAAGUCUGUUGGAUCGUGGAUUUAUAUAUGCAAUUGCUCAUGUUAGAGGAGGAAGUGAUAUGGGCAUGGGUUGGUACGAAGAAGGUAAAUUGGCUAAGAAACCAAACACAUUUUUGGACGUUAUCAGUUGUGCGGAGUACUUGAUCAAGGAAGGGUAUACCUCCCCUGAAAAGCUGGCCCUGUACGGACGUUCUGCUGGCGGGCUGAUGGUUGGUGCUGUAGUCAACAUGCGGCCGGACCUUUUCAAGACUGUACUCACAGAAGUACCUUUUGUGGAUGCUUUAAAUACUAUGCUGGACUCUUCAAUUCCAUGGACAGCAUUUGAAUGGGAGGAGUGGGGAAACCCAGAAGACCCAGAGAUCUACAGGAUUAUGAAGCAUUAUUGCCCAUAUACCAAUGUUCAUCCACAGAAAUACCCCAAUAUGCUGAUCCUCGGUGGCAUGAAUGACCCUCGUGUUGCAUACUUUGAGCCGCUCAAAUGGGCAGCCAAGCUGAGAUCUUGCUGGCCAUCAAAGAGUACAUCCUUACCUGCAAGGCAACUAGGUGAGGACGGGGAGAGGGCUCCAGGGCUAGACCCAGAACAAAGCGAUGAUCGCAUGCUGUUAUUGAGAAUUGGAGAAGUUGGACAUGCUGGAUCUUCAGGACAGUAUUCAUACCUGGAGGAUUUGGCAUUUGAAUAUGCGUUCUUGAUUUCGACGCUUCAAGCGCCCGUGUUCAGAAUUGGCAAAGAUGAUUCCAAUGGUGCUGAUAGGAGAACUAGGGUAAUGACGCCAUCAGCGGUCCGUAAGAAGAAAGGCGUUAUUACAAACGAGCUUAUGGUCGAGUUGGAGAAUACUCACCCAAAUGGUACUGAGGUUGGUAUUGAGUGUGAUGGACGACAGCCAUUCCUCACGAUGUCAGGCUCGCAUUCAAGGCUUGCAUCCACGGCUACUAGAGACACAGGGUCAGGGGUGGGCAAUGGUAUAGAUGCUGAUGGUUCAGCUUUAGGUGGUGCGGCCUCAGGAGGCAGUAAUGAAUUGUAUCAUCGACAACCCAGCCUUGGAUUGCCAUUAUCCCUGAGAACUGUGCCAGAGCCCAGGAGAGAGCAGCAACAACCUCACCGGUCACUCUCAUCAGAACCGCCACAGAAAAACAGGUCGCGAUUCGAUGAACUCAAAACAGGCGAAGGCUCAGCUGUGAACCAGAAUCGAAGACGCUCAACAACACUUUUGGAAUUUUCAGAGAAAGCAACGAAGCAGAAUGGUAAACCUGGGCCCGCAUCACAAGGGCCGAGAGCACAAAGUCGGCUGGCUGAAUGGAUCGCCAACUUCUUCUAA